UUGACAGUUGUUGUGUAUCAGAAGUUGAUCAAAACAAGAAUAGAAAAUUCUUUUUUAUUAGUUUUUUGGGUAUUCUAUUAAUGAGAAUAAUAAGUGUACAUUUUUCACAAAUCUAAAUGGCCGAUUAUUUCUAUAAAUUGAGGGAGAGAGGUCGAAUGUUAGAUGAAGGAAUUAAUAAUAUGAGUAAAAUUUGGAGUGCUCCGCAUAUUCAUGUUGGCGGGCAUCUAAGAUAUAGUGUUAAUGAUAAAAAUGAAGAAAAUUUAGAAGAGACUGCAAAGGCAAAUACAGAAACUGAAAAUUUGUUUAAAUUCGUCUCUGAAUCACAUAAAAAUAUGCAAAAAGAUAUGAGAGAAAGUGAAAAAAAUUUGGAAGAAAUGCAAAAAUUUAUAAAUGAUUCCAAAAGUGUAUGCGAUGAUUUAAUACAGCAAUGUUCGGAUAUCGAGACACUUUUUGUCGAAAAUGGAUAUGUUCCCCUAAAAGAGGAGGAGGAGGAGGAAAAUUCAAGCAGCCCCAAGAGUGAACCUACAACGAAUUUUGAAAAUUCCUACGUAUCAUCAACACCAUAUAAUCCAUGGAAAUCUAAAUUGAAAACAUUUGAUGCAUCAACGCCAACGGAAAUGAAAGUUAAAAAAGAAUUUAUCGAAGAUAUUCAAACACCUCUGGCACAAAAACUUCUCACAAGUUCAAUAUUAUCCAGACAAGUUAGACCAAGUCCGAGAGAACCAAUUUUAUCUCGAUAUUUUAAAGAGUUGUAAAUAAUUUAUAAUUUGUAAUUUAAUAUUCGAUAAUUUAGGGCCAAAAAUGCGAUAUUGUAAAUAACAGAAGAAUCUCAUUUUCUAUGUAAUUUCAUUUUAUGAUCGUAUAGUAGAUAUUAAUUUCUAAUAUGCAGAGAAAAUUAAUUUCUAUUUAUGUA